GCCGCCAGGGCAGCGACCGCAACGCCGGAGCCGGAGCCGGAGCCGGGGCCGCCGCAGCUACCUCAGCGUCCGCCGCUCCGCUCGGCUCACGGAUGAUGAAUCUUCUUGCUCUUCACUGAAGUUGAAGAAACACUGUGCACUUUAAUCUUCUGUCUGUGCCAUCAGGCCAACUGAAGACCGGGUUUCAGAAUCUCAGCUAUAAAGAUAACCAGCCAAAGUCUCAAUCUUGCCUUAACAAUGUUUCAGAGACUGAAUAAAAUGUUUGUAGGUGAGGUCACUACUUCUUCCAACCCAGAACCAGAAUUUAGUGAGAAAGAAGAUGAUGAGUGGAUUCUUGUUGACUUCAUAGAUACUUGCACUGGUUUCUCAGCAGAGGAAGAAGAGGAAGAUGACAUCAGCAAAGAGUCCCCAGCAGAACACACUUCAGUCUUCUCCUGUUUACCUGCAUCUUUGGAGUGCUUGGCUGACACCAGUGAUUCCUGCUUCCUACAGUUUGAGUCCUGUCCAAUAGAAGAGAGUUGGUUCAUCACCCCUCCCCCCUGUUUUACAGCAGGUGGAGUAACCACUAUCAAGGUGGAAACAAGUCCUAUGGAAAACCUUCUCAUUGAACAUCCCAGCAUGUCUGUCUAUGCUGUGCACAACUCCUGUCCUGGUCUCAGUGAGGCCAGCUGUGGGAAUGAUGAAUAUAACUCAAGUGGUCCCAGAAUAGAAGCCCAAAGUGAAAUGGAAAAACACAUUCACUGCUGUGUUGCAGCACUUGCUGCUCAGGCAACAUUUUUGGAACAACCCAAGAGCUUCCGCCCUUCCCAGUGGAUAAAAGGACACAGUGAAAGACAGUCUCUAAACAGAAAUGGCCUUCGUCGCCAGAACCUUACCAGGGAUUGCCACACUCGACAAAUCAAGCACAGUGGCUGGGUGGUUCAGCAGCCCUGUCCACGCCAGUACAAUUACUGAGAAGGUUGAGUUCUGCUGGUUGGUUUCCUUGGGUUUGCGCAUAUGUGUGCAUACAAUGAAAAUGCUGUCUUCUUCCAGCCACCUGAAGACCAAUUGCCUAGUGUAUCACUGUGUUUAGGCACUAUCACAACCAGAUUUUUGUGCUGUAUACCACAAAAUGCCUUGCUCCUGACAAUUACUUUUUAAAAAACCUUUUCAGAAUACUUUUGGAAACAUAUCAGUACAGUUACAGUGUUUGGGGUUGUCUUUAAGUGCAGUAAGGUGUAUAUAUAUAUAUGAGUUAGUCAGCAUCUUUUCAAUUUCAUUUAUUUUGUAUUAUUUAAUCUUUUGUGUAAGCAAAAAUUUAUUCUCAGGGUCAGUCAUAUACUUUAUUGACCAGUACUUGACAGUCUUUUUCUGUAUACAAUGAGUACAUUUUUACACACUAACAUGAGCAUUAACAGGUGAUUAUUGCCAUGGAUAUAAUGGAAUUAAUGGCUGAGCUUAACUUUUGAAAGAAAACUUGACAUAUUUCUGUAUGUAUGGUUCUUUCCUCCCCCCCCCCCCCCCCCAGAUUAGUCAUUGCAGUUCAUUGUGGAAUUCAGGUACAUUAACUCUGGUGAACAAUACAUUAAGUAAUUCUGAUAUGACUCCACGAAAGGUACAGGUACUUAUUACAGCUGUCAUGGACAAAAGCACUUGUCUACUAUGCAAAGGGAAAAAUUAAAGCUGUGAGAGGAUGUCUGGAAUCUGUAGGUAGCCCACAGAGCAGUCAGUAUUUGGAGCAGUCAGUGUCUACAGUCUUAACUGCCAGCUUAGCUGGCAAUGCACACGUGCUCACCCAGGCACACUCAGUGACUUCAUGCUCAUGUCUGCCCUAAGAAAGUGAGAGAUAAGAGUGGUGACUCCUUAGAUAUGGAUUUGUCCUCCCAAGUGAAAGAAUUGGAGACAUGGGACUUCUGGAGGCAUCUGUUUAUAAAAUGAAGCUGAUGGGUUAAUUCCACAAGCUUUCAUUUUUUAACUUCACAGUAUCUUUAACCACUUUGGCCUGUUUCCUCCACAGCAGGGUAGUAAUAACACUUACCUCCCUCACAGAGUUGUGGGAUUAUAUACUGAUUGGAAGUGGGGCUGUCCAAACUGAACUUUGGGUGAACUUCCAGGGCCUUUCUAUUGAACCUCAUGGUGGGAGACUAUGGCACUUUUUUUGCCAUGAUGAUUCUUUAGGGUUGGUGCUAAUGAGGCCAGGGUACAGGGUUCCACUCAUGGGCCAGUUAACGUGAUGCAGAGGAAAGUUCAUUUUCUUACCUCGAACUGGCUACUUUUGCAAACCAGUUUUGAUGGAUUUUGAUGAGCCAUCCAUAAUUGCAACCAACUUUCUGGAAAAUUAAAAACUAUUUACAGCUUAUAGCACAUUCUACUGAAAAUAAUACCAUUGCCUGUGUAAUCAAACAGCUCAUUUUCCUAUCCCCUCUGCAACCCUCGUUAAACACUUGUUCGUGAAAUAGUAUCAAGGGAAAAAGCAGCAUACUGUUAUGUGAAGUAUUACCCUGUAGCAGCUGCAGGGAACCCUGGGAGACUUUCAGGGAGGAGCAGGGCUCUUGGAUGAGGCUGAGCAUUUAGAGCUGAGUCAGAUGGUGAGGGGUGUCUCUUUAAAACAGGAAUCUAGAGUUCUCUUUUUCCUUACGCAUUUUCCAUAUCAGCUUCCCCUUUUAUUUAUUUGUUUUCUAGUUAAGGGGCCAAGUCUGUAAAGUCUGUCAAACUGGGAAGUUAUUUGUUACUUUAUGUGUUCAUGGAGGUGUGCAUGUUUUACAUGUUUGUUAUAGGGUCAUAUAUUGGUAACUUGAAACUAGACCAGCUAUGUGUCUUUUGGACCCAAGUUCUGAAUACAUGUAGCCUUCCUCCUGCUCCCUUACAUCACAAGUAAACUGUGUCUCAUAAGCUGGAAGUUCAGCCAUCAGAAUUUAUUUGGUCGGCAUGAACUGGUUUGUAUAUUAAACUGCAGCGCUUUGUUUUUGUUUUUUUUUUUAAACAAAAUUUUGACCCAAAUUUGUUCAUCCCUUAAGUACAUCUACAUCUCUUUCAGUUACUGACUUUUCAUUUGCCUUGUGCCUACUGUUUUUGUCUGGUCCCUGAAAACCAGCAAACAUUAUUACUAAGAUUUUUUUUUUUUAGGGUUAAGAUUACCAUAACACCUACAGUAGGUGGCACAUGGUGAAUUCUGUGUAAGAAUCUAAAGUUUAUGUCUAAAAUUGGCACAUGUAACAAUUGAAAAAGGUUACACAACUCAAGUUUUUGGUCAUUAAGUGUUUUGUUAGGCAAUUACUGUGUGUCUAAUAAUACAAAACAAUUUUAACCUGUUAAAUAUUUUUUUGAAACAUGGCCAAAAUGCAUUUUAUGAGUUGAGUACUCUAUCAUCAUUUUGCUAUUGUAAACUACUAGUAGUUUACAGUGUACUUCAGAGCAUUAAAAGUAUAAGCAGUAAGAAGACCCCAAGAGUUGGGCAAGUAGCUUAGUGGUAGAGGACUUGCAUUUGCAAAGUCCUGUGUUCCAUCCCCAGCACUGUAAAAAAACAAAAACAAAGAAGCAAAACUCUAGAAUUUAGUAGCACCAACCAUUUCUCAACUGAUAGCCUAGAAUGUUGCUUACAAAGUCUAGGAUACACGGCGUGCAUCAGCCAUACAUUUGGAGUAUGUGUUUCCUGAGUUAUAUUCUGCACUGUAUAUAGAUGCUCGUUCACCAUAUUUAUCUUUUGUGGCAAUUUGUAUUUGUAUGGUUGUGUAGGUGGGAAACUUUUUGCAGAGAUACAAAAAGGUUGACUUUUUACUUCCCACUGCAGGAAGUUUAAAAACAAAGCAUUAACUUUCUGUACUUUUUUUUUUUUUCUAAUUUCCACGCAGAUUGCUUUUGCUUUAUUAGUUCUUUGGUUCUAGCAAUAAGAGUAUGCUUGCUUAAAAGUUGCAAGGACUCAUGUGCCUGCCUGUUGUUUUCGCUUCUCAAAUCUGUAUGGAUUUGCAGCCUUCAUUUUUGUUAAAAUCUGAAUUGAUUUGCUGUUUUACUCCAUCCUCACAGAGGCAUACAGUCUUUGUAUACUCUUUAAAAAGAACAAAAAGUAAGGGAGGUUAUCUCCUUUAUCUUCAUUUUGAGUUUGAAACAAAAGUUAUGAAGGACUACAACCAGAAGAUAAGACAUUUAAAUAGACUAGUGGGAAAAGUGUCUACCUUUUUUUUUUUCUUUUUCUGUUUUAGAAACACUUAAGAGACUGCUCCUUGUACUGGGAGAUACUAGUAUAUAUGCGCCUUGGAAUUAUUCUUUUGUAAGGCCUGUAGAAACUAUUAGUUUUAAAGAAGUCUUUUAAAGUUAGGUGGUUUCAUGCCAUCAGCCUCUGAUGUAUUAUAAAUGGCAACCCUACCUACCUAAUUCUAAUGCUGAAACUUUUUACAUGAAUGCUUGCCUAUUUAACAAAUCCACACACGACAGUGUUGUCUACUUUGUCGUAGUCCAGUUUCUCUUGAAAUGUGACACAACUCAAGUGGCUUAGGUGCAGAGAGACACCAGAAAUUAGAUGCAGAAAGGCAUAGGUUGCAGAGGCACCAGGAAAAGUGUCUUUUCUUACUGGCAACAGUAUCCUGGAUGUGGAAGAGAAGGUACUAUUCAGAGGAAGGCAGCUUAAAUGGAUGAUGUUCUGUGUAUAAGUUUCCUUGUGCUAUUGAAAAUGUUUCUAAUUGUUAAACGCCUAAUUUGGCUCUAUACUUGCCUGACAUUUUACUAUUGUUUUCUAGGUGGACUUGUAAAAACCAAAUGAGGUUAGAUGUGUGUAUUUGGGGUCUCAGGUGUGUGUGUGAUUUUGUUUUCCUACAGCAGUUUUAAACUUUAGUCAAUAAUUAUGUGUGUUAUUUUUAAGAAGUGGCUUUAUUUUUCCUCUAGUAAAAUUGUGAACACAUUUGCCUUCUGGGGGCGGGGUAUGAGCUAUGGAUACUGAAAAGUACUGUAGGUUAUACUAUGUGCCUUCAUAAUGUGUUUAUGGCACAAUUUUUUUCUCUCUCAACAACUUGAAACUUAAAAGGGACAUUUUGGUUAGGUUAUAUAUACUGUACAUCAAUCUAUGCAUAAACGGCAGCUUGUUUUCUUGAGCCACUAAUUGUUUUUCUGUUUUUAUAAAUUUUUUUAUACUGAUUGGGUCAGAGAUGGUCAGUUUUAUACAUAAUAAACAGCACAGCAUUUUGCCAAAAACACGUAGCAUUGCUUAAACAUUGUGUAUUAACACCAAUUCUUUGUAAUGGGUUCAGUAGUGCAUUUUGCACUGCCCUGAGUUACAUUUUUUUAAUCUGUCAGUAAAUAAAAUGUCCUUUAACUUAA